AGUUGCGGUUUUGGCUGGUAAAUUGGACACGAAGUGCAGUUUUGUUUCGCUUUUAGGCUGAAGAUCUCAAAAUUAAGGAUAAAAGUCUGUAUUUUACAGGGAGACGGCCCUAAUGUUCCCGUCACCAGCGAAGGUGCUGAAAUUGACGCCAGUGCCUGUGAGUCCACAGCAAUGGAAACGGCAAUUAGAGGAAAAGCCAAGCGGAGGCACCUGAGCGCCUGCGAAUGCGCCCUUCUGGGGCGGAGCGACCAAAGUCCCCUCUCCCAGCCUUCCUUUACGACCACUGGCAGGCCAAACCCCAACCGCGGCCUGUUCCCCAGAACCCCUCCAAAGAGGCACAAGAGAGACUCAGAUGUGGAUGGCAGCAUUCAUCAGAAGCCCAUCACAAAGUUCUUCCCUGUGACCAGUAUCCUCCGGACCAGUCCCCAGAAAGCGCCCUCCGCAGCCGUGAAAAUGGAGGGGAGCCCCCACAGUGGGGUAACCCCCAAGGAUGAGGAAGACAUACACUACCUGCUGGAGGGCCUCACAGACAGCAUGUUCAUGGACGACGACGAGUUUGCUCCCUCCUUCUCUGUGAAGGAGGAAGAGUUUGCCCGUCCCGUUUCUGUGAAGGAGGGGGAGUUUGCCCGUCCUGUUUCUGUGAAGGAAGAAGAGUUUGCCCGUCCUGUCUCUGUGAAGGUGGAACAGGAAUGGACUGCAGGGUGCAGCAGUUGGGCGUCCCAGCGCCCCCUGGGGACCAGUGGUGUGGAGCCCCCAGGUGCAGUUCGUGUGAAGCUGGAAGAGGACGAGGAUGAGGAGUACUCUGUGGAGCCUCUCCCUGAUGCUCACUAUGGCCUCCUUGGCAGCAGUGAGGGCCAGGUACUGCCCCAGGGGCACUUGGGAGAUCUGCCAGACGAGAUCCUGUUGGUCGUGUUCGGCCACCUGCCCGCAGAAGACCUGUACCGGCACAUCAGCCUUGUCUGCCGGCGUUGGAGGGCCAUCAUCAGUGACCCGCAGUUUGUGCCGUGGAAGAAGCUGUAUUACCAGUAUCAAAAGGGAGAGGAAGAGGCAGUGAGACAAGUCACAUCCAUCCUUACAGACAAUCACAUCAGCGACAAGGAGGACCUGUGUGUACUGAACAUGGUGAAGUACAUGUCGCGGUUCAAGCACAGCCGCAGGGUGCAGCCGGAGCAGGUGCUACGCUGCGUCAGCGCCCACAGACUCUUCCCCCAGGCUGCCGCCUGCAUUCGGAGCAGGAUCCCGGACCUGCAGGGGACCCAGGGGGAUCCAAACCCGUGGUCUGCGAUGGCUCUGAUGUUGGUUCUGGCUGACGGGGUGAAGGAUGUUCUGGACCUGGUGACCCGGCUGAAGAGGUCCGGUUGCCUGCUGUCCCCUGGGGGGGUCUCCGAGUACUUGUGCUGCGUAGCCCUCCUGCUGCUAGCCAUGAGGAAGAACAGCAUCAAUAUCAGCAGCAGGGUACACUACAACAUCUUCUAUGUCCUGCACUUGAUGGAGAAUUCCCCUCCUCCCACCAGAGUACCACAGAGCGGGCUGAAUCACAGGGUGGAUUUCCAGGUAACCCACGAGCAGCAACAGAUCCUCAAUCAUGACAUCCAGCCAGGUCACAUGGUCAAAAUCAUGGCUUUUGCAGGCACAGGGAAGACGUCCACGCUGGUGAGGUACGCCCAGCAGAGGCCACACCUCCGAUUCCUGUAUGUGGCCUUCAACAAGUCCACGGCUGAAGAGGCCCAGCACAGGUUCCCUGAAAACGCGGUCUGCAAGACUGUCCACUCGAUGGCGUUCAAAGCCCUGGGAUGGAGGUACCAGAGGAUGAAGAAGCUUUUCAGCAACGUGAAGCCGUUCUCGGUGGCCUGGGUGCUCCCGCAAGGCAGGGGUGGCUUUGUCAACGCCAAGGUCGUGACCCAAACGAUCAACGCCUUCUUCGCUUCUGCCGACCAGCGCAUCAGCAUCGACCAUGUACCACGCGAGUUCAAGAACACGAACGGACAGUUCAAACGGCCAAGCCACCAAGAGAUGAUGAUGUUUGUGAAGGAUGCUCAGAACAUAUGGGAUAAAAUGAUGGAACUGAGACCAACGAAGCAGGCAGGAUACAACAUGACCCAUGACGGGUACCUCAAACUGUGGCAGAUGCAGAAACCACGCCUGGAGAAUUAUGAUGUCAUUUUCAUUGACGAAGCACAGGACUGCACCCCAGCGGUCAUGGACAUCCUGCUCUCCCAGGAAUGUGGGAAGGUCCUUGUGGGUGACCCUCACCAGCAGAUCUACACUUUCAGAGGGGCCAUCAACGCCCUGCAAGCGGUACCUCACACUCACCUGUACUACCUCACCCAGAGCUUCAGAUUUGGUCCUGAAAUUGCUUAUGUUGGAGCUACUGUUUUGGAUGUUUGUAAAAAAGUGGAGAAGAUUCUGGUUGGUGGGAGUCAGGAAGGGAGUGUGACAGGACAUGGCGUAGGGGAGUACGUUGACGCGCUGCUUGGAUCGGGCUGCGUGAGGGGACGCGGGGGGGAAGGGACAGUGGCCUUCCUCUCCCGCUGCAACGUCACCGUGUUUGACCAGGCCGUCAGACUAACCGAGGGAAACGGCCCCCCUCGAAUCCACAUUGUGGGAGGUAGCGACAACUUCGGACUAAAGAAAAUCUUGGACAUCUGGGUCCUGAUGCAGCCAGAGAACGAACGGAAACAGAAAAACCUGGUGAUUGAGGACAAGUUCAUCAGCUCCUUCUGCAGACAGAAGCAGGGGGGCUACGCGGGACUGAAGGUCUACAUUAAGCACACAGAGGACCGCGAGCUGGAGGCGAAGCUGGCCGUGGUGGAGAAAUACAACCACCGCAUCCCAGAGCUGAUCGAACGCCUAUACAACUGCUCUGUGAGCAGCCCACACUCCGCAGAUUUCAUCCUUGGCACAGUCCACAAGUCCAAAGGGCUGGAGUUCGACACGGUUGUGAUCACCGACGACUUCAUCAAAAUUCCAUGCGCCCGACAUAAUCUACAGAGGCUCACCAGAUGUGUCACGUCAAACAUCCCGGAAGACGAGUGGAACCUGCUUUACGUAGCCGUGACGCGGGCCAAGAAGACUCUGAUCAUCACCAAAACCAUCCAGAACAUUCUGACUCUGGCUGGGGAGUAUUUCCUGCGGUCAGAGCUCACCAGCACCCUGGUCAGAGACGGACAGCCGCCCUGCUGCUCAAUUAAGGACUGCCAGAACCGCAUCAGGGAGGACACUGCUCUCAGUAUGCACAAGAUCCCCAUAAAAUAUAUUGAAGGUGCGGAUUCGGGCGGCCCCCUUUGCUUGACUUGCGUGGAGCAGCGUAUGGGGCACGUGGCCUACCUAAUGGCCCCAGCAGAGGAGGUGAAGGCUAUGCCCUACACAGAGGAGGAGGUGGAACUGCCAGUCAACAUUGGCAUGCUUGUGGCACUGCUCUGAGUCUACCUGAACAGACAGACUGCUCUCUUGGACCUACCAGUAAAAAUUGCUGGGGUAAUGGCUUUAUAUGUACAUAUGUAUUUUUCCUAAUUUUUCUAAUAUGUAACUAGUCUGUAAUUUUGAAAUUUCCCCCACUGACAUGAAAAACCAUUGAAACUAAAAACAAACAACAGUUUUCUGGGUGAAACUUACCACUGGCUUUCUACAUUUGUCUCACUGAAUGUGCGAGAGUUUUUCAUGAAGUUGGUGGGGGAAACAAACUUAUUUUUUUUUUUUUAUAAAAGAGGACUUUUUUCAUCCAGAUGUCAGUAGCAUUACUGAACCUAUAUCUCAUGUAAAUGUCAGAUAAAGAACAAAAGCCUUCAUGUCAACAUGUGGUCUGUAUCUGUUUGCUGUGUUGUCCGUUGGUCCUUCCCUUUAA